GGCCCGGCUCGGCUCGGCUCCUCCUCUGGCAGCUGCGGGCGUUGGCAGCAGCACAGGCGGUUCCUCCUGUCCGCGCCCAGCCCGCAGGAGCCGAGGGGCGAGCGUCCCGCUGCCUGUACUGCACGGCAGCGCCAUGUUCCAGCUCCUACGAGGCCUCGCGUUGCCGGCGGCCGCUUGCGACGGGAGCAGGGAUGGCGACUCCCGGUACGCUAACCUCUUCCGGAAGCUGGACCUCAACGAAGAUGGGAGGGUGGAUAUCGCCGAGCUCCAGACGGGCCUCCGGGCCAUGGGCAUCCCCCUGGGAAAAGAGGCGGAGGAGAAAAUUUUUAAAGCUGGAGAUACUAACCAGGAUGGACAGCUAGAUUUUGAAGAAUUUAUGCAGUAUCUUAAAGAUCAUGAGAAAAAGAUGAAACUGGCAUUUAAGAGCCUGGACAAAAACAAUGAUGGAAAAAUUGAAGCAUCAGAGGUUGUCCAGUCCCUCAAGAUACUGGGUAUAAGCAUUUCAGAAAAACAGGCAGAAAAGAUCCUGCAAAGUAUUGAUGCUGAUGGGACAAUGACAGUAGACUGGAAUGAGUGGAGAGACCAUUUUAUGUUUAACCCAGCUACAGACAUUGAGGAAAUAAUUCGAUAUUGGAAACAUUCCACUGUGUUGGAUAUAGGAGAUAGUUUGACUGUUCCAGAUGAGUUCACGGAGGAAGAGAAAAAGACUGGACAGUGGUGGAAACAGCUGUUGGCAGGAGGAGUGGCUGGUGCUGUCUCUCGAACGGGUACAGCGCCGUUAGAUCGCCUUAAAGUGAUGAUGCAGGUUCAUGGUUCAAAAUCAAACAAAAUGAAUAUAGCCAGUGGUUUUAAGCAAAUGUUGAAAGAAGGUGGUGUCCGAUCCCUCUGGAGGGGAAAUGGUGUAAAUGUUGUGAAAAUAGCUCCUGAAACAGCUAUUAAAUUCUGGGCUUAUGAACAGUAUAAGAAGAUACUCACUAAGGAUGAUGGGAAGUUAGGCACUGUUGAAAGAUUUGUAUCUGGUUCUUUGGCUGGAGCAACAGCACAAACUUCUAUUUAUCCCAUGGAGGUUUUAAAGACCAGAUUGGCUGUGGGUAAAACAGGGCAAUAUUCUGGGAUGUUUGACUGUGCUAAGAAGAUCUUAAAAAGAGAAGGUGUAAAGGCCUUCUACAAAGGCUAUAUUCCUAAUAUUCUGGGUAUAAUUCCUUAUGCUGGCAUUGACCUUGCUGUUUAUGAGCUCUUAAAGAGUACAUGGCUAGAACACUAUGCAUCAAGCUCCGCUAACCCAGGUGUUUUUGUAUUGUUGGGGUGUGGUACUGUUUCCAGCACGUGUGGGCAGUUAGCCAGUUACCCUCUUGCUCUUAUCAGAACACGCAUGCAGGCUCAAGCCUCAGUGGAAGGAGCUCCACAGCUAAACAUGGUCGGUCUCUUUCAAAGAAUUGUUGCUACGGAGGGAAUCCGAGGACUUUAUAGGGGCAUAGCCCCUAAUUUUAUGAAGGUGCUUCCAGCUGUCAGCAUCAGCUAUGUUGUAUACGAAAAAAUGAAGCAGAAUUUGGGAAUAGCAUGAAAUGAAGGAAAAAGGUAGGAGAAGUUUAUACUGCCUUGAUACUGAAUAUAUGAAAGUGACUUUUUGUUUUGUCAUGCUGCCUAUACUGAACCAUUUCACAGGCAACAUUUUGCACGCCUAGACGUAAGCACUUAUUGUUAUUUUUGAAGACUUAAUGUUAAUUUCAUAAGAAAUGGGAUCUUAGAUACAGACAAGGAUGGAGUAACACCUUAAAAUGUAACCCAUCACCUUUAUCUUCAGGCUAACCUUUUUUUUGUUUUUAAAGAAUAAAAGCCUGGGAAACUGCUGUUCCAUGGUAUCAGAAUACCUCAAAUGGAUUUACACAAUAUUUUUGUAAUACAAUCAGUGAUGUUCAUAACUUGCUUCACUGGACCUGCUUUUCAUUGCACUUGCAAAUGUUAGCACCAUUAACCAUGACAAGCUUUGGGUUACAGCUGCACAUUUUAUAGGAUCUAUAAUAUACAGGAACAGAAAAAGCUUGGUUACUAGAUCCAUUCUAUAGAAGUCCAAGUUGCCAUUUAAAAACGGGGUGGAAGAUCCAAUAUUAAGCUGUUAGUGAUUGUAAUACAGCCAAUAGUGGAACUCACCAUAGCUGCCUUGGGGAGAGAAAUCUUUCUCAUUUUGGAGUCUCCAUUCUUUCCCUACUCGGAGGGCUACGGUCCACUACGUGCUUUUAGCCAAUACGGAACUGCAUUAUUAUGUAAAGGUUUUAUGGGUUUGUUAUGUGAGAUAAAUCCUCAUUCCCUCAGUCUUUUGUGCACACUGGCUGUGUGUGUGAAGUUCAGAUAGUAAAAUACUGAGGCAUUUUGUCCAAGUGACCAAAUGGGACUGCUGAUCUCGGGUGCCCAUCAGGUUGAUGUUAAUGAAGCAAGCAAAGCAUGCACACAGAACUUGUUAGUGCUUGAGAAACAGCUCCUCCUCAAAAACCAAAGCAGCACUUCCUCAAUGCAGAAAGUAGGUAUUUCCAUGUGCAAGGACUUCCAAAGUUACUUCCUUUUUUGGGGGCGUGGGGAAGCGUGCCACAUUUCAGUUGCCUUCAGGCCUGAACACUGAAAUAGACUAACAAUUAUUUCCGAACUCAUUUUGUCACGCUUUUUCUGCUUUCUGCUAUGUGUGGUGUCUUAAUCUUUGUAAAUUCAAGAUUAUCUUUAUACUUAUUUUGACUUUCUAAAAGCAAUUGCUCUUAGACCACUUCCUGAAAUUGGAUUACUGAAGGAAGGAAGAACUUUGUUCCUGUAAGGUCAUUAAGGGUCUCUUUUUUUUCUUUUUCUUUUAAACAAACAAAUAAGCAAGCAAACAUGAAUAACUGCCUGAACCUCCCUUGUUCCACAUACUGUUUGGGCCAUGUUUUUCAAACAGCAAUCAGAUGUAAACCUGUGUUCAGUGCUUCCAUGGCCGAUGUUUAUUCUCCAUAAACUGAUAUAUAACAACUCCAUAAAGUUAAUAUUCUAAAAUGUUGUUUUAUCAGAUUUCAGAAAAUGGCAGCUUUAGCUGUGUCUUUUGGACUUCCCACUUUUUUAAAAAAACAAAAAGUCAUUCUAUCCAAAUCACCCAUAUGUACAAUGCCUUUCUGAUCUGAAUGUUUCUUGGUUUUGCCAACAUUCUUGUAUCUUUGUGGGAUUUGUGAGAUCAGUUCCCAAUCAUUUUGUUUGACUGUGACCAAUGAGCAAAUGUAUUGUGUGUGUGAUGCGGAGGUGACUUCACCAGUGUCUAUCUUCUAGGCUUGCUCCAUUUUGUUUAUAGUGUGUAAGUGCCAUUAUGAGUAUUGAAAAUUAUGGUAAUGAUGUUUUCAAAUGUUGAAAAGAUGGGGGUCUUGCAAAUUUAAUUUUUCAUGAUGUGCCUUUAUGAUGACUGUGUUCAGUUGUGUAUUCUUUGUCUCUUAAAGGUAUGUUUACCUUUUUAGCUCUAUAAAACUACCAGUUUCUAAUAAAUGUUUGUUUCCUUA